AUGCCCGCCGUCAGUCCUGCGCACAAGCCGCGGCGGAAAGCCAACAAGGGCGACAUCGACAAGCUGCGCGCUCCGGCCUUUCCCUUGGCCGCCUUCCUGUGGCCGGCGCGCACGUCGCUGUCGCAAUGGGAGGUGCUGCCGCUCGUGCUGAUGGUCGUCGGGCUGUUUCGGUGGGCGGCCGGGCUCUGGGGCUACUCUGGAUUUCAACGACCUCCCAUGUUUGGCGACUACGAGGCCCAGCGCCAUUGGAUGGAGCUCACGACGCAUCUGCCGAUAUCUCAAUGGUACUUUCACGACCUCGAGUGGUGGGGGCUCGACUAUCCUCCUUUGACGGCCUACCACAGCUGGGUUCUCGGCAAGAUUGGCUCCGUGAUCAACCCGGACUGGUUCGCCCUGGUGUCUUCGCGCGGCUCCCACGACCCGAUGCUCAAGAUCUUUAUGAGGGCGACCGUCAUCGUGUCGGAAUACCUGGUCUUCAUCCCUGCCGUCACGGUCUUUGUGCGACGCUUCAGUAGACUGAGCGACAUUAGCAUCUGGACGAGCAACCUGGCCCUUGUGGCUAUCCUGAUGCAGCCUUCGCUGAUUCUGAUCGACCAUGUGCAUUUCCAGUACAACACGGUGAUGCUGGGCUUUGUUGUGGCGAGUAUGUCAAGCAUGCUGGCCGAACGAUACAUGUGGGCGGCUGUUUUGUUCGUUGCUGCGCUGGGCUUCAAGCAGAUGGCGCUCUACUACGCCUUCAGCGUCUUUUCUUACUUGCUGGGAAGAUGUAUCACCACGGGCAUCAACCCCACGAGGCUCAUUGGCAUUGCCUUGGUGACCAUUGUCUCUUUUGGCGUCCUAGUUCUGCCUCUGGCCCUUGGCGCUCUCUACGACAAGCAGCGAGGCAUUGAUCCUAGCCCCGAGCUGAAAGUACAAGGGGCUACGCCUCUCAUUGCCAACUACAUCAGCCCUGAUCACUUUUACUAUCCCAUCUUUGAGCAGCUUGGACAAAUGGUCCACCGCGUGUUCCCAUUUGCCCGCGGGCUCUUUGAAGACAAGGUCGCAAACUUCUGGUGUGCCCUCAACACGGUCAUCAAGCUGCGCAACUACCCUGUCCAUCUUCUUCAGAAAGCCGCUCUCGUGGCCACUCUUGCGUCCAUUCUGCCGCCCAACAUCAUCCUGUUCCUACGACCUCGAAAGUCGGCGCUUCCGCCUGCCUUUGCGGCCACAGCAUGGGGCUUUUUCCUCUUUAGCUGGCAAGUCCACGAGAAGAGCGUCCUCCUUCCCCUGAUGCCAAUGACGCUGCUUUUGGCUGGGAAACACGGCAUGAGCGGCGAAGUCCGUGCCUGGGUAGGCUUUGCCAACCUCCUGGGCGCUUGGACAAUGUUUCCUUUGUUGCACCGCGUCGACCUUAGAGUACCGUAUGCGGUCUUUACCCUGCUUUGGGCAUAUCUCCUGGGCCUCCCCCCCACGUCCUGGAGCGCACCCUUUCAAGAAGGGCAAUCCCAGGUUGUCCAAUGGGGCACAGCCCUUCUACAGGGGACCUUUUACGCCACGAUGGCGGCGUGGCAUGUCGUCGAGGCCUUUGUCGAGCCGCCGCCGGGCAAGCCAGAUCUGUGGGUGGUUGCCAAUGUCGGUGUGGGUGCGGCAGGAUUUUUCCUCUGCUAUCUGUGGUGCAUCUGGAGGCUAUUGCGAGAAACGGGCUUUUUGUCCACUGGCGCCAAGGCCAAGACGAAGACGCAGUGA